AUGAUCACUGCAUCGUCCUUGUCCCUGUACUCGGGGUACUACACUGGAGUACCCACACAGCCCGUCAAACGAGACAAAAAGGACCCUCCUAAAUCUCGCCCAUCUGCUCCUCCUCAGCGAGCUACCACACAGCCCUCCGGUCCAUCCUCCACGGAACAGCUUUCGAGUGCGAGCGUGGCCCAGUUUCUGAAUGCAGCAGCCGACGGUCCCUCCUCGCCCGAGAGGUUACGAAACUCGAACAAGCAGAUGAAGCGGGUAUCGCGAUUACACCGACAGCAUGGCCAUCGUGCCGCCUCGUCGGAGUCGUCAUCACUAGCCUCGGUGGGUGCGAUUGAUGCCAUCGACCGGCCGCCGUGGGAGAUCGCCCUCGAGAACCAUUUCAUCGCCCGCCGGACGUCAAUUCGGUCCAACGAUAGCAGCAGCACCCCGUCUCGCGACCGCGCUGAGAGCGUUUCCAACUUCAGCAAAAAUCUGUUUCACCGAAGGGGCAAGUCGAAGCGGGAAAGCAGCUCUCACAGCUCAUCUGCAAGCUCGAUAUACUCGGUCGACGGACCGGUCGACACGACUGGAGUCGGGACCAAGGACUCCAUUAUCCCGGCCAUCUUUUCUCGCCGGAAGCCCUCUAGAGACGAGGCAAUUCAGAAGAAGCUGCAAAUAUCCGGUCCUUUCAACUUCCAGCACGUGGCUCACAGACAACGGAAGCAAGCUGCUCACGAUGCCCAGGCAGCGUACGUGGUAGACCCCACCGCAGAUUUUCCUCCCGUCCCAGCCCACGCUUCAACCAGCGUGCCCACUGCCGGGGAUGGCCCAAUGGCAGAAUUCCGCAGCCAGUACGCUGUGUCAACGGAUUCCAUAGACGAGGCAGAUGACGGUCACUACGAUGCCACGACGCCCCAGCAGUCAUCGUUUCCUCGCCAGCCGGCUCCAGUGCCCGGGCCUCGACGGCUAGUCAAGCAUUCGCGCUCACGGGAGCAUCUUCGCAAAAGCCCUCCGCGGGCCCCUGUGCGGCCCCCACGUUCGCCCGUUGAAACCAGUUUUGCUUCUGCGGUCCCGCCGGUCCCGCCGCGCGUUUCCAGCCGCCAGUCCAACUACCCAGAGCCUCACGAGAGUGUAACGUCGACACUUGUUGACCGUCCGCAGACGGCUGCUGGCUUCCGUCGCCCGCAGCCCUUUCCUCCCUUCAGCUCCGCAGACCAUCUGCCCACCGCCACGUCGGUCCAUCAUGAACACGUACCCUUCGUCGAGGACGGAGCGUCGUCUCCUGUACUUGGCGAGGCAUACGAUAUGGCUUGGCCUCUGACCUCUCCGGUUCAGGGGUCGUACGAUCCGAUCCUAUCCGCGUUGCCAGAUGUGCCCGAGGAGGAAGAGCAUUUUGGCGUCUCUCGCCGAUCUCGCCUUAGCCUGGCCAGCAACAAUUCCUCGCUCCGAGGAAGUCAUUCAGUUCCCAUGCUGCGGUCGCUGGCGGAGUCACAGAGGCCAAUGAGCGGCGCGUCGGAAACACUUGGCCGAUUUGAACGCCCUGUCGCGCAUGGGGUUGCCGGAUCGGAGGCGGGGGGGGCAGCGGGAUCAGAGUUCGACAUGUUCCUGGAGCGCUGGGAGGACGACAUCGACUACUGCUACGAGCACGAGGCAGAGGCAGAUUGCAACUAUGAAUGGGGACGACCUUCACUGGAGACUGCCCGAGACAACAACUCUCCUCCGACACAUUCGUUCAUGGAUAAGGAGCUGGGCGAGAUGAGAGGUUCUGGCCUCGCGCAAUCGCACCCCUCGCUCCUCUCGCCGACCCCCCAGGACCUGCCGGGCCUGAGUCCUGCCAGUCAGACCUCGGCCGUACUGGGUCACGAAGCCGUGACGCCCACGUCGCAUGCGGCCGUGACAAAUAACUUUUCUUUGCCCAAGGGAGACAGGAAGAGCGUUCGACACCUGGAUCUGAGGACUGGCAACCGCGCGUCGUAUGCAUCAAGCUUCAAAGAAUCCCACGGGUUCACCCUCUCGCCGUCUUUGCUCAUUCCCGGCGACUAUCAGCAGCAAAUGCUGAUGAAGGAGGCUGAAAAACACACCAACGGAGAGUACGACGAGUACCAAGUCCCGCUCUUCCAGGCGGCUUUCUUUGACGAGGGCAUCCAUGCGAACAUGAAGCCGACGCCAUUCUAUCAGCGAUCCAGCACGUCAACGACUACGACGGACUCGACCUCGCGGUCCAACUCGACCGGAAAACGGCACAUGUCGACGGCUUCUUCGUGGACAACACUGACGCGCCACACGGCGAGCAGCACGUCUCUGAACAAAAUGGCAGGCGUCUGGACCGACGAGUCGGAGCCGUUGCCGGCGGUCAACUUGGCCGACAAGAUGCAUGCAGAAGACGAGCACGACCCAAGCAGCGCGGGAACCGGCGAUGUCGUUCCGGAGCUCGUCGGGUUCGCCACGACGACCAAUUCCAGGAGAGUGCAGCACAAGAGCCACGCAAGCGAGUCGCAUGUCGUCGACGAGCCAGGCCCUGGACGGUCACCUGACCUGCCGCGGAUGCGGAGAGGGCGCGCCAGAACCACGAGUCUGAGCACCCAAACGCCACCGCCCGUGGGACAAUACGCCUUGUUUCCGCGGGCUUAUGUGAAGGCGAACAACGCCGACCAAAUCUGA